AUGUGCUCUUAUCUUCUUAAGAAGUUGCAAGAUUUCUUUCACCAUGAUAAGAUUGUGGAUGGAGGUGACAGUAUCAAGCAGUUGACUCAAAUCAUUAGUGAAGUCAGUGGCUGUGAUGAAGGUCAAGCCUAUUUUAAAGCUUUACAACAAUAUGUUGUGCAAACUAUGAUAGGGCUAUUAGAAGGUUCUGGAGACCACUUUAUCUUUAUACCUCCUGAAGGUGAUUUGUUUAAUGAAUCAAAUGCUCUCUAUCUUUUAAGUCUCCUGGCUUUUCAAACUGGGGACACUGCUUGUUUGGAGGAAAUUGCAAGCUGCUCUCAGGGUUAUCCUAGUGAUGGUUAUUUGAUGAUCAGUGUGGGAGCGAUGUUAAUUCAGAGGAUGAAGUAUAGGCCCAGUGAAAAAUGUUUUUUGAGUGCAUUGAGUUAUUUUGAACAUAAACAGAAUCAUCUGGGCACUGUUGUUGCCACUGUGAACUUGGCAGUCUUUCAUAAGAUCUGUGGAGACUAUCGGAAAGCUCAGUCUUAUUGUAAUGCUGCGGUUAGGUUGUGCUUGGAUUUCACAAGAACCCCAGCAACUGAUGUUCAUUUGAAAGUAGUCUUCAGACUUGCUAUCUUGUCUCAAGAACUCAAAGACUACAAUAGUAAUCAUGAUAUUCUGAGAGUUGCUGUGAAAUUUGACAUUGACCAGAUUAGAGAUGCUUUUGUAGCGAAGUGCAUGAAGCAGCUGAUGACUUUGCAACUGAAAGGACUUGAAGGUGAACAGAUUAAACAUGACAAACUGGAAGAGCUUGCCUUGCAACUCAAUGCAGUAGAUGCAUUCCCAAAAACACAGCCACUGAAUGCUGACUUCAUUGUAACCUUUAUGAUGCUGGCAGAGAUGUAUUUCUCUAUCAAGUGCUUCAAAGAGGCUAGGCAGUUGAUUCACAAGUUGGAGUCAACAUUCCUGCAUGCCUAUGGUGGAAAUUGCCCACUCUUUGGUUUCUUGCAGUACAAAAUUGGUCACUUCAAAUUUAUUUAUGGAGAUGCUAGUGAAGCACAGAGUAGUCUCAUUAAAGCUGAGCAAAUAUUCAUUCACUACUUUGGUAGAGAUCAUCACAUGGUUGGAUCAUGCAAGAGUCUACAAGGUGCCUGUGCCUUGCAGAAAGGAAACCUAAAGGAGGCCUGUCAUUGUCUAAAGGAGGCUCGCAUUAGUUUUGAGAAAAUAAAUCACCACCACCCUAAAGUAGGCAAAAUUCUUUUGAAGGUUGCUGAUCUGGAGAGUGAGGCUGGAAAUUUUGAGAAUGCCAAAUUAGCCAUUGAAGAAGCAUUAGAAAUGUUCAUAUUAUCUUGUGGUAAGGUCUCCCUUCAGACAGCCCUUGCUUAUCUUCAAGGUGCAUCUAUUCUAAAAUGGAAAGGAAAAUUCAUGCGUUCAGCUUUGGAAAAAGUGAAGAAAACCACUGAUAUCUUUAUACUCCAUGGCUUGCACCAUGAUCAUCCAAAUGUUGCCUUCUGCCGCUGUUUACAAGGCCAGUUACUGCACUCCCUGGGUCAAGUCAAAGAAGCUGAAGAGGAAUUUCUCUUUGUACAUCAUCAGCUAUCAACACGAGAUGACUUGUCUAUGAAGACCUGCAGUUCUGACCAAAAGUUGGAUUUACAUACACAAACCAACUGGGAACCAGAUUCUGAUAUGCUAAAGAUAGGACCUUCUGUUGACCUGUCACAGACUGAGGUAAUAAAGUUAUUACUUUGUGAAUUAAAUCAUUAAAACAAGUAGGCUCAUAGGCUAAAACUUCUUCAAGUAAAUUUUUGCUCUGGCAUGAUGUAAAUGUAUACAUGUAUGUACAUGGUGUAAUCUUAUUUCUUUCUCUGUCUGCCCUUGAGCCCUUGAAGAAGGCAGAGGAGGGGGCUAUUUAGUUAAGGAGUCAAAAAUGUUUUGUUGCCAUUAUCUUGGGAAAGUCAAUUAUUUUUACUCUGUAGUGGUUGAAAUGGAAUCCUACAAUCACUGUUUCAAGAUCUUUUUGAAUCAGCAUAUAUCAUUUAGAACUUUGGGUCAUCCUUCACUCAGAAAAAUUCCCCAGGAUGCACUGAUAGAAUUACUGAGAUGUGUAGACAUUUAUCAUGCAAAAUGUUUGUCAUUUGCUUUGUCAAGAGUUUCCUGUGUGAUAUGAUAAAGAGGGUAAUUAAAAUGUUUCUAAGUUUAGGGUUAAAAUGAAGGAAUGUAUUAGACUCUGGAUCAAGUAUUCCAAAUUUAAGCUUUCACUGGGGUCACUGGGCUUUGUUAAAGACAUGAAAGUCAUUGAUUUAGAAAUCAUAAAGGGUAAAAUUUCUAGUAUAAAAUAAGUCUAUUUUCAGCAGGAUCUUAUUUAUUGAAAUUGUUAUCUUUUCUGAGGUAUAACUAAAAGAAAGUGUGAGUAUCAUUGUAGAUUUACCCAUAACUGGGAGAUACCAUCAUGAAAUUAAGUACAAAAAGAUUAAUAUGAUAAUAACUUAAUGUAUUAUUUUUAUUUGCUUUGAAUUGACUAUGGUUUGUUUAUUUGAUAGGAUACCAAAAGCUUAUCAUUCACUGCCCACUCUGAAGACAAUAUUGUCACUGAUGUUUGUGUAGACCUUUCGGAGUGUAUUUUGAGAAACAGACAUUUAUCUUUAGAAGUACAACUCUCACACAUAAAUAAUGGAUUAUAUACUACGGAUGGUACAGAAGAACAUGUUAACUCUCUUUUAAGUCCUGGGUCAGCCUCAUCACUGAACUGUUUGCCCUUAAGUCAAUAUGAUGCCACAAAUGGAAAACAAGAGUUCAUGCAGAAAGCUUUGCCAUCUUUGAAGAAUGUCUAUGGAGAAACAUGUUCAGGAAAAGAGACAGGAAAUGUCUCAGACACAUCAUCAACUUCACAGGCAAUCUUUUUCAGCAGUCACUACCAUGAGAGUGCUGUAGUGAAGUCAAAUUGUGAAGAGGGUUGGAUUGAAAAGUAUCAUCCUAGCUCAGAAACCAAAGACAACUUGCCACCAAAUGAAAUUCCUCAAGAGAUGUGCAGUGUUCAAAGCAUUGAAGCAUGCUCUAACAAAGACGAGUUGAGGGAGGAUCACAGAAUGGAAUUUGAUCAGAGUCCUGAAUUUCCACUUGCCACAGCUGGAAGAGAGAAUGGCAAAGGCACCAUUACCAAUGGCAACCUGAUCAAUGAAUUGCAAGAGGAAGUCAUGUUCUACCAGGAUCAAUGUCAUGAACUAAGAGAAGAAUUAAUAAAAUUGAAAGAGAAGUUGAAGCUCUGUGAAGAGGAGAAACAAGGUCUUCAAGCUGAAGUAGGAAGACAGUUGUUUCUUGAAAGCAAAGAAAGACGAUGCAGCAAAAAGGUUUAUCAACCCCCCAGCAAACAUGCCAGUGGGACGAGUGAACCUGUUGGAGUUAGAGGUGCAUCCCAUGACUUUUCAGGUAUAGAUGCUAAGCUGCUUGGUGGUGCAGAUCCUUUACACAAAGCAGAUAAAUAAUAUUUUUGAAUGAAUACUGUGGCUAUUUUGCUCCAGAUAUGAUUCAUAUAAACUGCAUGUUACUCUACUACAAAUUUGCACUAUUGACGUACAUUACUUAUCAUGUCCAAAAGAUGAUCACCAGAGAACAUGCUGGAUUGGUAAAGAUCAUGGCUUUCUGUCUUCAUCUUUCAAUAAGGCUCCUCAAAAGGCAGAUGUUACACAAUCUGGAACUUUGUCAUAUAGCCAUUUAUUCAGUAUGUCAAGUUAUAACAGUUCUAAAACUUGGUACUGUACCUUUAUUUAGAAAUUCCAUUACAAUAAAAAAGGCUCUCAAAAUUUGACCUUUCUUGGGAUAAGUAUACAUGCAUACAUUAUAGUAUUCCAAGAAGGUAUUGAUACAAAUGAGAAAAAUACCUGCAUUUCUAAGAGUUACCUCGCAUUUAUCUUGUUUGCGUUUUCUUUAAUUUGCAGGUUUCUUGCUUCAACAAAGACUUCAGGAGAUCUCACAUUCCUUAUCAGAAUUGGAACUGAACAGAAUCAAGAAUCUUGUCCGACCCAUACUGGAUAACUGUAGACUUGCCAGGAUCAGGGAGUUUUCAAAGUUGUUGGAGGAAUUAGAAAGAAGAGGGGAGUUUUCCUGUUCCUUUGUUAGAGAUCUUCUAGAAAGAAUCCAUCGAUUUGAUCUUGUAGAGAAACUUGCUGAACCUUUUCACAAUGGUGAAGAAUCAUGUGUAAAGGAAUCUUAUUCACCUCAAGAAAGCAAACAACUGAAUGAAGUGGUGGAAAGUGUUUCUGGUGUCAACAGUAAACAAUGUGAUGAAGUGGAAGAAGGGAAAGAAAUAUUUGACAACACUGAAGUUGAUGAAGAGGAUGAAGUAUGCAACAAUUCUAACAUAAACUCAUUUAACAGUGAUAGUGAGGGAGCUUCUGUCACUUUUCCUGCGAAGAAUGUGAAUGAAUCAAGUUUUGUUGGAGGUGUGGAUUUGUCAGAGGAGAGAUAUGACUCAGCCUCGAGCUUGUCACAGUCAUUUGAUGUGCCAAGUAUUGGAUUGGAAUCCCGAGAGAGGUCUUGGUCACCUUCAUUUACAAGUAAACAAUUUGAUGGUGAAAAGCUGAAAGGAGCAUGUGCUGCAAAUGGCAAAAGGGACAAAGAAAGUGCACAUGAUUCCUCUUUUCCUCAUGGUGCAGAGACACAAUUUUAUUUCAAUCAUCACUUUAAUGACACUGUGUAUGGUGCAGCUAAUUUACCAGAUAGAGCCCAAGAUAGUUUAAAGCAAGAAUACUUAACUAGUGUGAAUCAAGAUUCUCUUCCUAAUGGAGACACAACUCAGAGGCAAAAUGUUUCAGGUGCAAGGUUCAUUGUGCAAAAGGACACAGCAACAGAUCAUUCUGACUCUCGUGUGAGCAAUCAGUCAAACGAAUGGGAGCAUUUAGGGGCCAGGCUGCAAGAUGGGACUUUUUCAUCUUUACCAAGAGAUGAACUUUUUCAUUCAGGGUUCACUGGUUCAGGAUUGACCUCUGAUUUCAUGCAGCCCACAGGAUUUCAAAUAGGUGCUUUAAACACAUUGGAUUCCAGUUUAUCAAUACAUGACUAUGCUCUUGGUACAAGAGAGCCUCAAAUACCACCGGAUGGGUAUUUUACAAGUUUGCAAAUUAAUCAACCAAUUCACUUCAAUGGUUCAGGCUUCACUUCUGACUUGACAGGGUCCACAAGGCCUGAACUGACACAUUCUGCAACUGGUACACAUAGAGACAGUGACUUUAGUGGCAGUGCAUCAAUGUUGCCUUCAACAAGAAAUUCUGGAUUAUCAGUAAGUUCAUCAGUUUGCAAGCAAACCUAUGGUUUCCCUCCAGAUGCUUCCUCAACUUCAUCUUCAGGAGCAAGGGUUAAUGGAUCUGACGGUAGGCUUUUUUCAGAAUCAGAGUCAAGUAGAGUUAGUCAGUUAUUGCCGGUCACAACAGGUAGGGAUGGUUUGAAUACAUCUGAAGAGGUUAACUCUAGUAGCAAUGCAAUGAAUGCAUCUGAUGAUCAUUUGGCUUCUGGACACUAUAGAGAAGGAAGCAGGGCCUAUAAUUCUUCAAGCUCUCACAUGAUAUCUGGUACUGAUACAGGGGAAAAUCAAUCUGGCCAAACUGAAGAUUUAGUCACAAACAGAAACUAUGGCACAGAGUCAGUGGAGUCUACAGAUAACUCCCUGCUUGAAUUGGAACAGCGUGUUGAAGAGGCUUGUGCAAUGGUGGAAAGAGUGCUGAGGGAGAGAGAAGAAAGAGAAGAGUUUGGCCGAGAAAUUGAAAGAAAAGAGCGUGAAAUUCGAGCAGAAAGGGCACGAAAGAAGAGAGAAAGAGAAGCAAGGGAGCUAGAGGAAGCCAGAGGAUGGCCUCAACAGCAGGAACCAGUUACUGGACAGUCUUUGUGGCUUUGUGAGCAUUACCAACGUCAUUGUAGAGUACGUUUCCCUUGCUGUAACAACUUCUAUUCAUGCCACCGUUGCCAUAACAAUUCCAAGGAAUGUGACAAUGAGGAAGCUAAAGCAAGUCAUGCAACUCACCUUAAAUGCAACUACUGUUAUCAUGAACAAGAGGUGAUGAAAGGUUUUUAGUUAUGUUGUAAAUUAUAGUUUUGAGAAUUGCCGUAUUUUUUUAUUGGGAGUGAUAGAAAACAUACAGGGAGGAGAUUCUGUCCUUUUUCCGGGUAAUUUUUGUCAACUGUUUUGGUGAGUUAUUAAUUACAAUACACUCUCUACUGUUGCAAACUCACUUUGCACAUGUUUGCACAAUUUUAGUGGCCAUUUAAAUAAAAAUUAAGCGAAACAAAUCUCACUGCAAAAUCAAAUACCAAAGUGUUUUUUUUCUUUCCAUGGCAAUUACACUGGCCACAGGUUGGAGUACUAGAGCACUUAUUUAUCUGUCUGAUAAAUGAGGCAGUCCAUGUUAAGAACUUUGUGAUUGUAAUUCCCAUUAACUUGGUCUGUAAGACUUAUGAUUUUCCAAAUCAUUUUCUUUCAGAUUGGUGAAGACAGUGUCAAGUGUCGUAGCUGUAAAGCAAAGAUGUCAGCAUACUUCUGCGCUAUUUGUAAACACUUCACCAGCAUUGACAAAAAUCCAUACCACUGUAAAAAAUGUGGAAUAUGCCGGUAACUGAUCUGACAAAGUUUUCAGUUUAUAAAAACUUUGCUGUUGUGUUUUCCAUAGCUUUUUAUGUUUUGAAGCCACAUAAGCUUUUUUGAAGGCUUGGAGGUCAACUUUUCUCAAAAGUCCUCUUUUGAGCAACCUUCAAGUGUAGAAUUAUAGAAUGGUCACCAGAAAGUAAACACUUAAACAACUCACAUUUUGCCCAAAUCUUUUUUUUUUUUUUUUUUUCCCCUUUCAAUUUUACCUCUUAGCCAGCUUUACAAAAUUGAUUUCUCUACCACUUAAAGCAGGACAUUGGUCUUAUUAUGCCAUGUUUUCUUGUAGCAUACAUAAAGACAAAUCAUUCCAUUGUGAAGUAUGCAAUGUCUGUCGUGACAAACGCCUUCAAGGAAAGCACAAGUGCAGACCAGACUGUGGUCAUGAUGAAUGCUGUAUCUGUUUAAAGGUGAGCUAGUAAACUUCAAAAUAUUUAAGCAUUGGUUUCUUAAUCAUUUUUAUUAUAAUUGUUAUUGUUACUGUUAUUGAUAUCUUCUCAACAAUUUUCCUUUCCACUUCUUUUCCAAUUAGUAAAUUAUCCCACUCUGUAUGUGUAACACUGUGUUCUUUCCAAACUAAUGUAUCAAAAAUCACUUUCACAUAAGCUAUGUUCUUUGGUGAGUAAUUUAUAACAAUACACUCUCUACUGUUGCAAACUCACUUUUUCCAGAAUCACUAUUUGACAAUCUAUGUAAAAUCUCAAAAUGGUUGCCAUUAAUUUAGUUGCCAUUUAAAAAAAAAGCAAAACAAAUCCCGCUGCAAAGGUAAGACUUGUGGCCACAAAGGGGCAACAAUGUCUCAAGGCAAUAAGAAGACCUUUCAUGUGUCAGAAGGUAAGAGAAUGUUUUUGAGUGAUGAGUAGCACAAUCACCAUGCCCAUAGGGGGUUGACUGCAAACUUUCAAUGAUUUCUUCUGUUUUACAUUUUCAUUGAAGCCAAAUCUUUGUUUACAGGUAAAGUUGUUCUUAUUGAUUAUAGUAAAAGCAAAAAAUCAGAAAAUCACAUUACUGUCUUUGAGAAAAUACCCGUGAAAGAUGAAAAAUCGAGCCAAUUUUAGUUGUAACGCGUAACACAAUCUCAGUGGUAAAAUUUUUUAAAUACAUUUUUCACUAAAAAGAAAGCUCGUUUGAGCAAACAAAUUACACCUAAUGAUAACACACAAUAAACACUACAUUUGAGCAAAACUUUGACAUUUCAAGUUUAUUAAAACGCAUAGAAAAGAUUCAUCAUUCUUUAGUAUCCUUUGUGUAACGCUGGGUUUCAGAAUUUGGAAGUACACCAAGUUGUUGUCCGCAGAAUGACUGAACUGGAAUCCUGAGGGAACAAAAACACAUUAACCAAAUGCUCAUACUUGUUGUUCUAAAAUAGCGAAAAAUCAGUCGAAAGGAUUGACUAUAAACGGAGAAAUAUCAGUGUAAAACAGUCGCUACGGUUUUGUAAAACCUGAUUACGCAAUAAUAUUUUUCAUCAACUUACCUGCUCCUUUGCUACUAUACUUCAAACACGGCAAAGUCGGGUUUCGAAAUCGAUUACACUUUAAUGCUCAUAAGUUUCUCUUGUCAUUUCCAAGUUUUCAGGUCCAUAUCUUUAGAAACGGCCAAAAUAUUCACUUUUGACCAAGUCGCAACGCUUUUUACCAUGUUGAUGCCAUAUUGAGAACGGAGUCUCGCCACAAAUGCCACCAAAAGCGCUAUGAAAUCUGCUGUUUGCUCCGCCAUUUUCGCCAUUUUCAUCUCCGUGUCGAAAUAGCUUGGUAACCUUUCCUAUUUUGGUUUCUGCGACGUUAUCAAGGGUCGGGGGUCUUCAAGCUCAAUAAUUUUUCUGAGAUUUAGCCAUCUGUAAAUAUCGCUUCAAGUGCGCUUGACAAGAGGUAUGGUUAACGAAAAGGAAGAAAAGCUUGCGAGGAUCAAAGAGUGGAGGAGGAAAAAGCAGGAAAAGAAUAGGCUAAGGAAUCUAAAAUAUAAUGAAAAGAAUCGCAAAAAGAGAGCUGAAUUUCCAAGAGAAAAAUGGUGAUGUGAUCUUCAAGUUGUAAAAAGAGGCAGAAAGUCAGUUUUUAGAGUGCCAGUUGAUCUCACUGAGGAGAUACUAGCCUCCAUGUAAUACAAAAUGUUAUUAUUUCUACAUUUUACUGUGUCAGUGAACUCGAAAUUGAUUAUUUGUGAAAAAGACCACACCCACAAGGGAUUAUGGGUAAAUACAAAUUUGAAUCAAAUGUGACAAAAAUAAAAUAGUUUGAAAUAAAUCAGUUGUAAUAGUAAAUGUGAAUUUAAAACAGACCUAAAGAAGUGAUUUUGUCCCAAACUAGCAAUUUUCACAUUUUUCAUACAUGUUACAGAAGUGGGUAUGGUGAUUGUGCUACUCAUCAGUACACUUGUGUGCUGUUGUUGUUAUUGAAAGGUAACUAGGGUAUUAUUUGAACAUCUCAUACUUGAAAAUAUAACAGUACAAGUUAACGUAUAAUUUUGAUGAAGUGGCUAGUUUGUAAGGGUGACUGUAGUCCUGAGAAGGAUUAUUAUUGAUAGUUAGCACUGAUGUUUCAACAACCUUGGGAAAGUGAUUGUCAGAUUUCAGUGAUGAGUUGUUUGGCAAGUAUUUUAAGUUGGGUUUCUACAGUGUGUACCAAAAAGUAUAUUUUUUGGUGAAGAAAUUCUAGCAAAACAAUAACUGAUUUUGAUAACUUUCAAUACCUAUUCCUGAAAAUAUACACUAAUUAUACAUAAAUUAGGACCCUCUUUUGUCACAUGCUUAGCUGCGAGGCAAUUGUAUCUUUUCUUGAGUAUAUGAAACCGUUGUAUUUAGAAUGUGUACAUCUUAGUAAGAUGUAUUUUACAUUUGUGUAUUUGAUGUGUACAUAGUGCUUCUUAGGCAUAGUGAACUGGAUUGACAUUUUUAUACCUAGAAUUGUAUUAAAUAAUUAGGUGCAAUAUUUUAGAAGGCUUACCAUUUUGAUGACAUAAGAUGUAGCAAAUACCAAUACAUGUAUGGGCCAGACAAUCAAAAAUGAGUGGAUAAACCUAGAUUUGGAUUUGCAGUCAUUUGCAAUCAGGGGCAAUGCUUUUGCAGGAAAGAUGUUAGGUGAAUUGAGGGAGGUUUGGGUUAAUUGUUAAAUUCAUGUUUCUUUUACAGGAGAGGGAAACUGGAGCAAAGAGAGGGCUACAAAAACCAGUUUGGGUCGUGAGUUCUCUAAAUGCCAACCACAACAGCCUUCAGGCUUUAAUAGAGGAUAUUGAAGAUGCAACAUUGAGAAUUCAAAAAAGGUGGUCAUGGUUUGGAAGAUGGUGCACAUGUGCAGGUGGAUUGGUGAGCAGCUGAGUAACUUUCCUUUUAAAAAGAGUCAGUCAUCAAUGGACAGGUUGUAUCAGUUAUUUUGGUAGUAACGAUUAAAAAUUGCAUCAAAAGGUUUUGCUUUGAAACUCAGUAAAUGGUGAACAUAAGAAGUACCUCAGGAACCUUAUUGAAGUGAGGAGAACAAAUCAAUUGGCACAAGAAAACUAUCUACUGUGCAUAGAAAUUCUUAUUCCUUUGUGGUUUUGUGGUUUGCUUGAUUACCGGUAGGUGUUUAGGGUUCUUCGAAAUUGUCAAAAAGAGUAAAAGAUUGCAUGAUGUAUUGUUAGUCUACAUUGGAUCUCAUCAAAUAGCUGUGUUGGUGAAUGUUGUCAAGAAACUUUGCUGUGUGAUGUUUUUGACAAAGAAUUUGUUUAUACGAAAAAGGUGAUCUUUUACAAAUCAAACAUUAAGCAAAAUGGUGAAUAAAAUGUUUUCGAAAAAAAUCAGCACAAGAAUAAUUAAGAGAAAACUUGCAUAAAAAACAAAAUGUUAGAAUGCUUGUUUUCAAUGAAAUGUCUCAUGAUAAGGGUCUUUUCUGUUUAAUUUUUAUGUUGACAAUUAAUAGUUUUUGUUUUGGUAGGAUGACCAAGAUUCUGGUGAAAUUUGUGCAAAUUGUGUCAAGUACAAGUACUGGUAAGUUUUCAGUUGUUAAAAGAAAGGCAUGAAAAAUAGAAAAAAAAGUUGUUCUGUAAUUUAUUAGCCAGCUCGCUAGACCUCAUUUGAAGAGGUCUUAGUUUGAGCCCCACCUAGGUCAAUAUAUUAUGUGCUAGGGAUAGGUACUUAGUCCUGCAGUGCCUUUCUCCAUGCAGGAUUUUGAAUGAAUACUGGUGAACUCACACUAAAACCUGACAAAUAGACUAACAUCCCAUCUGGUAGGGUAAGCAGUACUCCCAACUCAGUUCAUGCUAAUUGGACACCCCAGUAAGCUUCUAUGAUGUGGGAUGAUUGGCUUGAAUGAGGGCGACUUUUCAGAUGCUAAAAUAUAAGUACAUGUAUUUCUGUUGUUGUUUGUCCGAGAUUGUUAAUUUGGUACAUCUACAUUUCGAAUGUCAAAAGGAGGGCUAAUAACCUUAUCCAGAAAAAAUGACAAACUGUAUGGUUAUUGAGCUUAUUAGAUUUGGAACCCCUUUUCCCUUAUUAAAACAAGGAAAGGGCAUUUUUUGAGAUCCAAAAUAACUUCAUUUCAAUAGACACUUAUGGAUAAAAUCAUUCUCUGAGCAAAAUCUCAUCUUUGUCAGACUUCUACAUAAACAAAAGUGCUGGUCUCUUAGUUGAUGGAUAAUGUGCAUAUAUACAGGUUGGUGGAUGAAAACUUGAAACAGCUUUGAAUCAUGCAUUAUGGUUUCAAAACUUGAUUACGACAAUGACCAACAUACUAAAAGUUGAAAAUUUUAUUCAUUGACUGGAAAUAUGACAGGCUUCAAUUUUUAACAAUGCAAAUUACUUUAGUGCAACCGCAAACAGUAACGUUCAUGUCAUCUUCCAUUUAUUCACGUGGUUUUACGUUUCCUAGUUGUAUUUUUACUUUAUUUGAUUUGCCUUUCUUCCAGGGGACCUAGCAGAGUUAGACCACAGAUUGACCAUGAUGAGUGCUGCAUAUGCCUGGAGGUAAUUUCUUAG